AGGUGGCGGUGUGCGCUCCGAGCAGCACCUGAUCCCUCUGAGGAAAGAGAGCCGUCCGCAAACGUCGCCAGCAGCCUCCAGAUAUUUGAAGGCUUUACGUUGCUGAAACCUUCAGCGGGUUCUGGGUCCGUCUCCAUGUCGCUGUGGGCUCCGGGCGCAGGAGGCAGGCGGCCUCCGCCUCAGCCGAACCCAAACAGCGGUGGAGUAAAACCUCUUCGAGCUUACCGAAGGCAGCCGUAUCCUCCCAGAGAGAAGAGGAAUGACAUGUACCAUGAAUCAAAAAGUUAUGACAGUUUAGAACAGCAGGACGAUUACGCUGCCACUACGAACUACGAGGCAUAUGAGCUUUCAGCACCUCAGCCACACCUGGCUCAUCAGCCCAAUGUGGCCUCAUCAGCCGGAGGGGAUGAGCGAAGUGCUCUGUACCAGAGAUUGUAUGAGCAGUUUCAUGGAGAUGGAGCCAAGAAGCCUGCUGACUGUGUUGUGCUGUCAGUGAAUAACCAGAAUUUGGAUUAUCCAAAAUCGUUAGGCCACUGUUUGCAGGACCGUGGCCUCUCGGUGGAAAUGCUUUACCUGCAAGCGGAGUCAGGCCUGACCCGGGCCCUCCAAGAUGUCCGCUCCGACGGUUCUCCCUUAUGUAUUCUCGUCGAGCAGACUAAUGUAACUCUGUCCUCGUGCACAGUAAUCAUAUUUUCAGAGUCCCUCAAAAUUCACCGCAACAUGCCCAAAGACCAGGCCAUGGAGUUUGUGGUGGAGGAGUUUGGCCGUCUGAGCAGUGGCCGGCGGCAGCGUGACCCUGUGGAGGCAGAAACGCAGGUGACGGAGCUGAGCGAUGACUACCUGGAGCGGGCAAAGCUGGAGUGCCACUUCGUGCCUUCCACCACACGACACCUGCUCUUUCUCAUGGCAGAAGGCCUGCAUCUCUACCCGGAGGAGUUAAGCACCAUCGCUGAGUACAUACAGAACCGCCAGGACCAUCUGCAGAAAUUACCCAGUGAGGUCGAAAGUGAAGUGGCUCCCGAGACACUGAACAGUUUUUCUGCAGGUUUGGGAAAACCUCCACCCCUUCUACCAAAUCCUGUCGGCCCCAGCCAACCAAUAAGUGAGCACCCAACCCCUCCCUCGGGCAUGGCUUCGUAUCUAAAGACCAAGCCUCCACCUCUUCUGUCAGUGGAUGUUCUUCAAGGAUCCCCUCACAGGCCACCCCUCCCUCAUGUCCCAGGCACCCCUCAUGUUCCAUCUGUCCCCCAUGCUCCACCUGCCCCUCAUGCCCCUCCUGCCUCUCAUGCUCUUUCUGACCCUUAUGCCCCUCCUGACCCUUAUGCCCCUCCUGCCCCUCACGGCCCUCCUGAUUCUUAUGCCCCUCCUGUCCCCCACGGCCCUCCUGCUCCUCAUGCUGCUCCUGCCCCUCACGGCCCUCCUGCCCCUCAUGGUACUCCUGCCCCUCCUGCUCCACUUGCUCCUCCUGCCCCUUAUGGCCUAGAUGCCCCACACGGCCCUCCUACUCCACAUGGCUCUUCUGCCCCUCAUGGCCAAGGUCCCCCUCAUGGUCCUCCUGCCUCUUAUGCUCCCCAAUCAUCCUUUAGUCCCCAGGCACCAAGGGGUCCUCCAGGUCCAAGAGGUGCGCUAGGCCCCCGAGGGCCACCGGUCCUCCGUAGUUUACUAGGCCCAAGAGAACCUCCAGCUUCUUGUGGUCCACAGCCUCGACAAGGUCCACCAAGGCUUCCUGGUCCACCUGCCACACAUGGGCCUGCUGACCAUGGACCCCAUGAUUUCCAUCCGCCUCGAGGUCCCCCAAUUCGUCAUGGACCUCCACUGCUUCGUGGUCCACCAUCCCAGAAUGGUCCUGGUGUGCCUCGUGGUCCUCCACUUCUACGUGGUCCCAGAGCACCACCACCUGCACUCAAGAGCCUUCACAUGGGGAACCCAACAGCACCACGCCCAAUGCGACGCCUGCUACCCUGACCAUCUCAAGGUGUCUGAAAUGACUAAGUGGCUACUGCAGCCACUUAAGAACACAUCAGUGUAUUCUUGAUGUUACUUGACAGUGUUUCUGUUGUGUUUUACAUAUUUUUUGUUUUCUGCUUUGUAAAUUGCUUUUUAUACAUUUUUUUUCUUUAGUCUCGUUUUCUUGUCCCUGGCAUGGAAAAAAAUGCUGCAUUUUAUUAAAAGUCUUUUUUUUGUUGUUCAUUCUA